CAAUUUUCGUAACGAGCAUGUACCCUCCCGAGGGUGCCGUUCGUACGUAAUACGCCACGGUGUAAGUUAAAAUAAUAAGCGAUUCCGGCGGUCCUCACGGCCAUGUUCCGAAGCUCCACUCAUUCGUACACAACUGACAUGGCGGGCCUUAAACAGUGCGAAUUUAUCCCUUGCAAUAAUUUAAUCAACAAUUUUUCUUUUACAAAAUCGCUUUAUUUAACGCUAUAAUUCGAUUUACCAUUAAAUUUUUAAUGAAAUCGCGAAAUUUUGUAUUGUUCAUCUUUUCGUUUAGUGGAUUAUGUGUAUGUGUGUGUGGUUAAGUUAAAAUGGCAUUUAACUUUUUGUUAAUAUUCCAUUUAAAUGAUGGAUGAAUUGACAUCCGGUGUCGAUCCAGACGAUCUGAUGGAACUGGACGACGCGGAAGGUUCCGAUUUAGAAGAAGAUGACGAGGACGUCAUCGAAGAUGCGUUACCGUCGCCUCUUCAAUUGCCAUCGUCGGGGCCCGCAUCGACCGCUACAUCAGCCGCGUCUUCGCCGCCUACAAACGACGACAAUCCGCCGGUAUUCAAUUUUAGCGGGAAACCUUUAAAUAUUAAAAGAGGUCGAGGACGACCAAGAAGGGAGGGUGGAAAACCUGCACCAAAGAAGCAGAAUUUAACGAAUAGGAAGAAAUGGAAGCCUCAACUUGGUUAUUUAAGGGGUAAUUUAAAAAGUAAUUUAUUUUUUGGUUGUUUUAAUGGUUUAAUUUUAGUUACACCAUCACCAGGUGAAGAAACAUCAACUUAUGAUCCUGAAACAGGAUCGUUAAUUUUAAGUGAUCGGGAGAGACCUUGUCCUAUAAUAGAAGAACUUCCUUAUGCACCGGAACAAUGGCCUGGAAAAGUUUGUGCAUUCUGUAAUUUAGGCGAACGUAGCCAAUUGGGACAAGGUGAAUUGUUACGGUUAAUUUGUUCGGAAGGAUUUACCCCUCAAAGAAUAAUACUCGACACCCAAGAUUCCGCCCAAGUCGUCGAACAAAUUCCCGAACGUGAAUUAGGUGAUAAAAGUCCGCGAGGUGGUCCGGUUACAUGUCGACGACAAAAAAGUUUUAAUAAAUGCCGACAUCCUUCCAUGACCAGUGAAUACGUUGACGAACUUACUAUCAUUGGUUAUGUUGAACAACCAGAUGUUACAACACUAUUUGAAACGACCGGGCAUUUUUAUGUUCACCGUAGUUGUGCUCUUUGGUCCAAUGGCGUUAGUAGAGCAGAAAAUACCGCUUUGGUUAAUGUUGAUCAAGCGGUACUACUCAGUGCUUCCAAAAAGUGUUCACACUGUACCCAUUUUGGGGCGAGCGUUUCGUGCAAAAAAGAUGGUUGUAUUAAAUUAUAUCAUUUUCCUUGUACGACCGCUUCCCAAGCGUUUCAAGAUUUAUCUUCAUUGCUUGUAUUCUGUAUAAAUCAUAUUACGCAAGUUUCUUUAUUUUGUGAAGCUUCUGUGUGUUACACAUGCAAAAUGCUUGGCGAUGUAGCAAAUUUAAUGUAUUGUUCAAUGUGUGGCGAACAUUACCAUGGUACCUGUGUGGGUCUAUCCCAAGUACCCGGUGUUCGAGCCGGUUGGCAAUGUCGUAAAUGCAAGGUUUGCCAAGUGUGUAGAAUGGUGGGUGAUGAGAGUAAAUUAAUGGCCUGCGAAACAUGCGAUAAGGUGUAUCACGCAAUGUGCCAAAGGCCGGUUGUUACUUCCAUACCAAAAUAUGGAUGGAAAUGUCGCUGUUGUCGUGUUUGCGGUGAUUGCGGUUCACGAACUCCCGGGGCCGGCCUUUCUUCUCGAUGGCACGCCCAUUACACCGUUUGCGAUUCGUGUUAUCAACAAAGAAAUAAAGGGUGUUCGUGUCCGUUAUGUGGAAGAGCUUAUAGGGCUCAUGCUCAUAGAGAAAUGGUGCAAUGUGUUUUUUGCAGGAAGUUUGUUCAUGGAACAUGUGAUCCAGAGGCUGAUCUUACAACAUAUCAUCAAAGAAAAGAAGCUCAUCCCGAAUACGAUUAUAUUUGUCCAACUUGUAAAAACGUUACCCAUCAAGGGCGUCCAAUUCUUAGCAAAAGAAAUAGUAUUGAUGACGCUCCCGAUUCACUUUCGGCGUCUCAAGAAUCGUUAGCGGAUGAUAUUUACGAAUACGACGAACGUUGUAUUAGUGAAGAUUUUCGUCCGAUGGGUUUGGGCAGAGGGAAACCGUACAGCGCGAGUAAAAUCGCUAAAAAACGUCUUGGUCUGGCAACGGGAAUGCCCGGACGUCCGAAAGGUGGCGGAAAAGGGAUUCCUGGUAAAGCCGGUUUUAUGAAACGGCAAAAAGUGCCGGAAUUCGGUCGGAAACGCGGGCCAAAAUCGAAAAUGCGGGGUGUGUUUGGGGUACCGGGGGUGGGACUUCAACGCCCCGUUGCGGAUGGCAAAAAUGACGAGGAGUGUGGUAUUGAGAACAAAUUAAUUUUGUGUUCAGCUAAAGAUAAGUUUGUUUUAACGCAAGACAUUUGUGUGAUGUGUGGCGCGUUAGGUACGGAUCAAGAGGGUUGUUUGAUCGCGUGCGUACAAUGUGGGCAGUGUUACCAUCCAUAUUGCGUAAACGUUAAAGUGACUAAAGUGAUUUUACAGAAAGGAUGGCACUGUUUAGAUUGUAUUGUUUGUCAAGGUUGUGGGCAAAGGAACGAUGAAGCUCGAUUACUUUUAUGUGAUGAUUGUGACAUUUCAUAUCAUAUUUAUUGUAUGGAUCCACCGUUGAAUUACGUCCCUCAAGGUACGUGGAAGUGUAAAUGGUGCGCUGUGUGUCAAACGUGCGGUGCUACAGAUCCCGGUUUUAACAGCCACUGGAUGAAUAGUUACUCGGAGUGUGGUCCGUGCGCUUCUUUGACAAGUUGUGGAAGUUGUCUUGAACCAUAUUCAGAGGGAGAUUUAAUAGUUCAAUGUGUGCAGUGUUCACGAUGGUUGCACGGAGCUUGUGAUUCGAUCCGUACUGAAGCUGAAGCUGAAAAAUGUUCGGAGGAAGGUUAUAAUUGUUUAAUGUGUCGACCCAGAGACGUCGCCCCCCCUCAUUUACUUCCGUUAAUGACGAUGGUUACAAAACCACCCACACCAACUAAAAGUCCUGAAGGAAAAAGUAACGGGUCUGGACAUUAUUUAGUUGACGGUGUUUAUUUAAGCGAAAUGGGACAUUCAAUGAUAAAAUCAAUGAGUUUAGAACAACACAGUACCAGAAAAAAACGUAAAAAGUUACCCACUAUUCAAGAUAAAGAAGCCGGGAUUAUGGCCACAAUUGAAAGUGUCAUCGCUAGUAGUAGUAACGCCCCAGAUUCCGUUGAUAUUAAAGAUGAACCGUUAGAUAUGUAUAAAGAAGGGAUGAUUUGGGGCAAAGAAGAUGGUCCACCACCAGAGGGAUUUACGUUAUUCACAAUGGAAAAUGGGGUAACCGUGUUACGAAGGAAACGACAAAGAAAUCUACAAAAAUUGGGUAUUGGUGGAUUUUUAGUUCGAGUUCGUGGACUUCGCAACGGUCAAGAUAACGAUGAUAUUGAUAUGCUUCCUGGUCAAUCCAACGAUCCGUUCGCUUUACCAACUUUAGAAGGUGAUAAACCAAAACGAAAACCGAUUCGGAGAAAAAUUAAAAGCAAAUUGGCCGAAACGUUCCCGCCUUAUCUUCAAGAAGCUUUCUUCGGCAAAGAACUCCUUGAUACAAGCAAAGAUAUAGGUAGCUCAAGCGGUAGUGAAGAAGAACCAACAAUUAAACCAACUACAUUAAAAAGUAUUCAUUUAUCCCAAGAUGAAAUCAAAGCGGUUACCGCCGUUGCAAAUAAACAUGAUCGAGGGCCCGAAUUAAUGCAGCAUUCUGAAAUGAAAAAUAUUGACAAGUCCGUGUCGAAGCAAUCAUCGGUUUCUCAAAGAGAUGAUGAAGAAAGCGACGCGGACGAUUUAAAUUUGGCGAUCCCCGGGGAAUUACUCGAUACGGAAUUGGUUAAUACAAUAAUGAACGAAGAUGAUGAUGAGUUGACGAAGAAUACGGAUACUUUAGAAAAUUUAGCUGAUACUAACCUAGCUGAUGAUUUAGCGGAUUCUUUAACUGGCGGAAGUAGUUCUAAAGAUACCAAAGAUGAAUUCAGUGAUAUUCUUGGACCUCAUUUCAAUUUUCCGAAUAUUAAUAGUAAAGACGUUGAAGACAUUUUUAAGGGUGUUUUAACUGAUGAAUCACAAGAAUCCCAAGAAAGUAGCGUUUUCUCAACAAAUUCCACCACCGUUUUUAAUCCAGCUACACCAGCUCCACAACAGCAAUCUCCAAUUAUUCCACAUCCAAUCCCAACCCCAGCAGUUCGCCCAUCAACUUUAUCUAAUAUUAACCAGAAUACUUUAAAUUCACCGAUGAGUUUUCCACCACAAUCACCAUAUCAUUCUGAAUAUAGCAAUAGUCCCCAAUUUAGUCCAGCAUUUUCCGAACCACCAAGUCCUUGGGUGUCUGUAAAUGAUGGCAUGGAUAUGGAUGGAGCGUUAGCCCCAUCUAAUAAUCAAAGAUCGUCGGAAAAAAUGAAAGCUGAUGAAGGUUUGGGGGGUGGAGCAACGAUUUCCGCAGUUUUAUACGCGAAUACAAACCACCCCGAAUGGAAAUCUGAAUAUCCCGCUUGGAGUGAUCGUUACAAACAAAUUAUAAAGAAAUGGCGUACAUUAACCAACGAGCAAAAAGCGCCGUUUUUACAACAGGCGAAGGAUAACAGGUCUGCUUUAAGAAUGAAGAAACAACAACAGAUCAACAAGGACCCCUCGAGCUCUUCCCCCGGUGCCACAACAGCGAAGGCCGCCGCGAACCCGACGCAGGCUGCCCCCGCCGUCGUUGUCACCCAGUCACCAGCUGUUGUCGAGGACCCCGAAAAAUCGGCCCUGCAUCAAAAAUCUGCGCGCGAAGCCGAACAAGAACGGCAAUGGAAACAACUACAAGCGUUAAGACAACAGCACCAACAACAACAACAGCAACAAUUGAUGCAAGAUAGAGGUAUUGGGCGGGUUCAUCGUCAAUUAUCGGAACCUUCUCAACCAACAUUCUUAUCUCCGGAGCAACAACCGAUUCAACAAGAAAUUGCGGGUCCACCACCUCCACCAAAUUCGCGGCCUUUCACCCAAAUGGGGAUAAAAUCUCCAUCGUUUGGUCCAAACUUAACGAAUUUAGUUCCCCCACGACAAGUUCCAACUCCGGCCGUGCCACAACAUCCCCCUUCAUCUGGACCGUUUGAUUUCUUACCGACAGAUGGAGCUCCGCAAGAUCUUUUUACAAACAUUCAAGCUCCAGCUACUCCAAAACCCGUUGUUGUACAACCGGGAACACCACAACCUCGAUUACCACUCCCGGCGGAUCCUUACACUCAUCCACCAACAACUCCAAGACCCCCACCUCAAUUUCCAGUUACAACUGGUGUUCAAGGUGUUCGGGAAUCGACCGGAAUUGAAAUUAAUCGCCAGUUGAGGGAUUUGUUGCAAAGACAACAAUUUAAAAAGUUAGAUGAGCAAUUGUUGUUGGGGAAGGGGCAACAAAGAGUUUGGCCACCCACUGAUACAAGUGAAGAACAACCAGUUAUCGUCCCCGUUUCGGCUGGAGACCCAACGUUUCGACAUCCACUUCCACCUGGAGUUCGACCACGGCUACCAAUUCCAGCUGCUGUUCGUCAACCUGGAACUAUAGUUGGUAUUAGAAUGCAACAAUCUGACCCAAGAUUACAAGGAUUAGAUCCAAGGACGAGAUUAUUACUUCAACAUCAUCAAGUGCAACAACAAAGAGCAGCAACUCCUAUGCCACAACAACCUCAACCCCAAUUUCCGCAGACAAACCAAAGAUUUCCUGCAACUAGACCCGUUGGAGUCGAACAAUACGAGCAGAUUCAACGGCAAGUUUUUCAACCAAGAAUACCUCCAGAAGGGGUUGGGCCAAGGUUGCCUCUUAACCCGGCGUUGAAUAAACAAGGAUCUCCCGCUUUACCCACAACAACGACCACAACCACGGAAUCAUCAGAUCAAGAAAUUCCUGAUAACGUAACGGCGGAAUUGGAGAAAUUAGAACAAGAUGGAACGAUGGCUGAGUUACAAGUUGCGGAUAUUUUGGGUGGGUUACCUGAUGAUGAUGAUGAAUUACUGGCUGAAAUGGGAAAUGAUUUUAAUAUAUUAGAAUAUGCCGAUCCAGAAUUAGAUGCGUUAACUGGAGAUAAAACGAAUAUUUUGGAUUCUUUGGAUUUAGAGGAGCCAGAACCGGUUAAAGAUGAUAAAAAAGCGGUUCCUAAACCAACUGGGAAAAAACCACCAACUCAAAUCCCAUCAUCUUCACCUUCACCUAUCAUAAAAACCGAAUCUAAACAUCCCAUUAAUACUUCCGUUGGGAAUAUCCCAACAGCAACUCCAUCUUUGCAGCAAACUCAACCCCCACCACCACCCCCACAACAACAACAACAACAACCAAUACAGCAAACGGUUCAACAUCCACCUCAACUUCAAGGGGGGCCUUCUCAACUCACACAUCAACAACAAUUACAUCAACAGAUGUUGUUUCAAGUGCAACAAGCUGCUGCUCAAGGAAAACCAAUGCUUCCUGGUACAAAACUCAUGUCUUCUGAUGGUAUAAUAGGUACGGUUACACAAACUAAUAACAUUGUGUUAAGUUUCCCAGCUGGGUAUCAACAAAGACUGACCGGAAGUCAGCUUCAACAGCAAUUGCUUUUAGUGCAUAUGCAAAAACUUAGGCAGAACGCGUUGGCUCAAAACCCAAGAAUGACGGGACCGGUAAUGCAUGGAUGCGCUGGGAUUGUUCCCCCACCUAGGAUGCCCGUUGGUAAUCCCCCACCCCCGCCGCCACCAUAUCCAGGUCCACCACCACCUUAUCCAGGAUCAACAACACCUCAGAUGGGGUUGAGAAUGGGCGGUCCCGUUCAUGCUAUGAUGGGCCCGCAUCGUCUUCCGAUGGGGCUUUCAAACGGUCCACCAAUGCCACCCCGGCCUCAGGGUGGUUGUGCUAUGCCGCCAUUGUACAACGCGGUCGUCCCGCGACGUCCCCUGCUCCUCGAGGUGAGAUUUCCCUUCUACGCAGAUAACCCAGGCCCCUGUGCGCCUAUGGAGCAACCUUUAUUGCUCAAAGACCUCCUUGAGCAAGAAAAACGCGAACAAGAAAAGCAGCUCCAAACCCAAGCACCACAAACACCAUCGGAAGUCGUCCCUGGAUCUUCCGCCCAAGCGUUACUCAGCGACCACGAUUUUGAAAAAUUAAAAGCUGAUGUUUUUAGUUCUGGCCCGAUUAGUUUUGGGAGUAAUAGCGCAUCUAAUUCACCAGUACCAAAAGCUGAACUUGAUCAAAAUAGACCAACUUACCAAAAACAAGUGUCUGCCCCGGCAGGAACAACAUCCGGAAAUAAUCAAUGGCAACAACCCCCACCAACGCCGGCUCCCGCACAAUUAAAAGUACCCACUUUUAACGCCAAUUUACAACCCGCCCCGCCUUUACCCCCGGAACACGUCGUUACGGAACAAGAUAAACAAAUACAAAUGGCUUACGAGGAAUGGUUGCAUCACCAAAGUGGGGCGUUGAAUCAGCAGCAACGCUUUUAUGACGGCGAAGUACAAAAAUUACGAAAACAACGAAAAUCAUUGAAUAGCAAACAGAGGCAAUUAAAAAAAUCUGGGAAUCAAUUAACCGAAAAUGAUGCAGUUGAGCUCGAGAGGGUAUCUCAGGAACAAGCUAUUUUGCAAAAACACCUAGAAUCGAGUAGGAAACAGGUUCGGCAGCAUGCUAUGCUUAUGCAGGUCUAUAUGAAGGAAUACCGGAACAAACAGCAAGCGAAUAAACGCCCCGUGGGAGUCCCAGGUGGCCAAUCCCCACUGAUGUCGCCAUCUCCGCUUGGCCCACCAGGUGCUUCCCCAAUCCACACAGUGAACACGCCGCAAUCACCCGGGUUGAUGUCGCCUACAGCAUCCCCAAUGACCCAACACAGCUCCCCAAUGCAUAGCCCAGCACCUUUAUUAUCUCAUUCACCCGGACCUGGAUCAGUCAACGUUGUAUUACAAAGUCCUGGAAAUAAUGGAGGAGCCACCAUGUCCCCCAUGCAACCAUCACCCAGAAUUGGAACACCCCAUUCACAAAGCGAAGGGAGUCCUGGACCUGUGCAAUCACCUUCGAUGUGUUUACCACCACCAAUGCCUCGAAUGACUUCUCCACAACAUAGAAGAAUUGUUACGAGCCCUAUUGGUUACACCGGCGAAUUAAGACCUGGUACACCACAAGUAAUGGGCCAAUUAAGAUUUGUUCGACCACCCGUUGACGCAAAUCUCCAACAAAGACGGAUACAAUCCCCAAGUCCGGGUUUUCAACAAAAACCCGGCGCGCCAUCUCCAUUAAAUAGCCCUCCAGCCCAACAUAUGAUAAAUCAACAAAUUCUCCAAAGACAACUACAACAACAAGUACUUUUACAACAACAACAAGGAGGUGAAAAUAACGCUGAAAAUGUUUUGGUGAACACGCAAAGGAUAUUGUUGUUAAAUCAACAAAGGCAAUUGGCGAUGAGGCAACAAAUGGUUGCACAACAGCAAGCUUCAAACCAACCUCAACCCCUCACCCCUCAGCAACAUCAAAUGAUGGUUCAACAACAACAACAUUUAGCGAAACAGCAACAACAACAAAUAGCUAUGCAACAAGCUCAAAAUAGGAUGCAACAUGUGCAGCAACAUGUCCAACAACAUGUUCAACAACAUACCCAACAACAUGUCCAACAACAUUCUCAACAACAUGUCCAACAACACGUUCCACAACAUGUUCAACCACCAAAUAGUCCAAUGCCUCCAAGUCCACUUUUAAAUCAACCACAAAUUAUGUCGCCUCAUUCAAUGCAUUCGCAACCAGCGAGUCCAAUGCCUCCUCGAAGUCCGAUUGUUUCUGGGAGUCCAAUCCCAAGAAGCCCAGCUUUACACCAUCAACCUCCAAGUAGCCCAAUGCCACUCUCUCACCCUCCAAGUUCCCCAAUGCCUCGUAGUCCAAUGAUAAACCCAAUUCAAUCACCAAUGGGGAUGAGAAGACCACCAAGUUCGGGAAGUAGCCCGAUUGUCGAUCGACCAACAAGCGUCGAAAACCCAGGUACACCCCGAACAGUUUAUCACAUGGACGAUCAUGGUGGGGGAAACCCAAUGAACCCUGCGAAUCCAAUCCCUGGUCCACCACCAGGAUUUGAAUAUUGCAAGUUAGGUCUGAAAGGGGGAUCUCCAAUGUGGGGUUAUGGGAAAAAAAUGCCCAACGAUGGAAAAGAAGAUAAAAACUCGAAUACCAGCGGGGAAAUUCCAGCCCCACCCAAAUUUAAAAAAGAAUCCCAUGUUAAUCGGGUUUCGAUUUUAAAGAAAAACACAUCACCCGUUAAAUCUAACCUGCAAACGUUAACGGCGAAUCAUCGAAUUAGUUUGGUUAGUUCCGAUUAUAGCGAGUUUGAUGAUAGCUCAUCAACACCACCGGUGACACCCCCACCUUCAUCGUCCGGAAAUCCAAGGGCCAUCGCAAGAAGUAUCGGCAAAAAAAUUCCACCUCCACCACCAGAACCACAUUCGGAUCAAUCUCAAAUAUUGAUGGAAGAAAGCCCUGAACCUAUCUCGUUAAUGGAUUAUGAUGAUGACAACGUAGUUAGCGCCGAAGUUUCAUUAAGUGCGGCUGCGCAACAAGCCGAUAAUGAUGAUAUCGCAGUUAUCGAAUCAUUCAGUCAAAGUGAACUCCCCGAAACGUUUUCGAGUCCAUUAGAAUCCGAUCAAAUCCCGGAUGAUUUUGUUUUAUUCGAUAUUUCCGGCGGGGUGCAUUAUUCAGAAAAAGAAGAGGAAGAUGAAGAGGAAGUUGGGUAUCACUUAAACGAUAAAAACAUGCAAAUUGUUAUACAAAGCCCAACGACGAGCGAUGAAGAAUUAAUUUUACAAGACACCAAAUGUAAAGAAACAAAUUUAACGUCAGAUUUAACGUUAAAUUUAGUUGAAGGAAUCGAAAAUCAACUUUUGACUAAUGAUGAACACGAAGAAGCGAUGGAAACUGAUGCUGAAACUUUUGAUAAAUCCCAAAUUAUUUUUAUCGAUUCGAGUAAAUCGCCGGAAGAACAAAUAUCGACGAAAGAAGAUUUCGAGGAAUUAAUCGAUGAGGGUUCGAGAAGCGAAAAAAUAAUUAAACCCGAUAUAAUCAAUUCAAAACAUAUUAACGAAUUUCAUAAAUACGCAGCGAAUAUUUAUUCACAAAAAAAUAAUAAACAAUCGAAUUCGAUUAAUAUAAAACCAACUCAAAAAAUUUCGUUAAUUUCUGCACCAAUAACAGCAAGUUUGGUGACGACAACCGCUAAAAACGUUAAGAAAGAUGUAGGGAAUCAAAAACAGAAUCUAACAAAUAUCAUUUUACAACCAUCUAGAAGCAAUAUUAUUACAGUUCCUAAAUUAAUGACGUCACAAUUUGUAAAUAUCGUCCCAACGCAUUAUUCUGUACCUGUAAUAAGCGCCAGCGCGGUUAGUAAACUUCCUAAUGUAAAAGUUAUUGAGAAACCAACGACUUCUUUAUCGUUAACAACUCACGAUUUGCCAAAAAAGAUUUUUGAGGAUGACUCAAAAUCGUCGGACUGUGAUGAGGAAAAAAUUAAGUUAGAUCAACAGUUUAACAGAGUUAAAGAGAGUUAUGAGGAGGGUAAUAAAAAGAAUGAAAAGAAUAAUGUUAAAGAUGAAGAUUUGAUUGAUAAGGGUGAAAAGAAGCCCGAAGAAAAUGACGAGAAAGAAAUGAAAGAAAAAAAAGUUGUUUCGAAUGUUGCGGCUGACGUGAAGACCCCAGUUACCAGUGGGUCGUCCUUGAUUUUGAGAAAUCCACCCGAAUUAAAGAUGACGGCACAGGUAAUACAAGAAUCCCAGGGGAUCAUCACAUCAGGCACCAUCGAACGUAUGCCGUACAUCUCACAAACCAUCGAAGAGGUCGACAACUCAAAUGAAUUAGAUAAUAAAUCGGUUGUUAUAUCGAUACCAUCUCCAACGCCGUCUCAAGAACAAAUUUUAGAUCACAUCGCGUUACAAGAAUUAGAAACGAGACGUCAAGGUGGUUGGAUUGAUGUUUUAGAAAUGUUCGAGGGGAAUUUGAUUGAUGAUAAAUACAAAUUAGAUAAUGAUAUGAAGAAAAACGAAAUAAACGUCGAUGAAACAUCGAAAAAGGAGAAAGAAAUUAAUAAAAACGUUAAAGAAGAAGUUAAAGAAAACCCGUCUUUAGCGGCGGUUAUUGCAACGAGCCGCGCGACGACCAUGCCUCAAUUAUCACCUUUAUCACAACCCGCUGAAUUAACGAAUAACGUUGCGAACGUUUCGCAACAAUUAAGAAGUUUGUUGUCUUCUUUAAACACAACGACAGCAACUACAUCGUCUAAUGUUAGUACGGUUGCGAGGAAUGUUUAUAAUAAUAACAAAGAAAGAGAUAAAGUUCACGUAACAACGACUGUGGUUAAUGUUGUUACAACGACUCGCCAACAUUUGCAGCAGCAACAACAACAACAACCAGGUGGGGGUACAGAAAAGAUUGGGGUUAUUAAAAAUGUUAAAGUUAACACCCCAAAAAGUAGUCCAAAUAACCAAGUUACUACAUCAAAUAAUUUGAUUACAUCGAAUAAUAAAGUCGAAAUUAAUACGGAGAAUCAUCCUAAAUUAGUGCCGAUUACAACAAAUAUAAUUAAUAAUAAUAAUAACACAACAACUACGAGUAAUACGCAAAUAAAUAUUUCUACAACAAUCCAAAAAACUUUAAACACAACAAAUAACACAAACGUUACGAGUUCCUCAAAUGUUGCAACAAGAAAAACUUCUUUGAGUUUAAACGAGAUGUUGCAAUCCCAUCCUGCAGCAACAACACCUCAAACAUCACCCGGUACAAUAACAACAGCGAGCAUUUUAAGUUCUUCGAUGCCGUUGAAGAGUGCUUCAUUCAGCCCGACUUUGGUUCAAGCUCAAACAAACGUUGUAACAACGACCACAACAUCCCAAAAUAAUUCUUCGACAACAACACAAUUUAAGCCGACCAUAACAACAACGAAUUUAUUACACAGUCAAUUGACGAAAAGUGUCGGCCCGGUCCAUCGGGCGAAAAGUUUAGAUGAGAUGUUAUUGGAUAAUAAGAAAAAGGAAGAAUCCGUUCUGCCGAUAACCGCAUCGAGUUUAUUGAAAGACGGACACUUUUUGGGGCAAAAAGAAAAAUUUGGGAAUCAAAGCGGAAAUGUAAGAGGGGAGGAUUCCCAAAAUGUUUUGUUGAAACAAUUACUACAAAAUACGGGGUGCGCGAGUAUUACCACGUCGUCGGCGACAGUUUCGACCACAACCGCUUCAACAACAGCCCCAAGUUUACCGAUUGUACCGAAUUUAGAGGCACAAUUAGCACGACCCGUUCCACCGACUCCAAGUUCGUUAAUUCCGUCGAUUUUACAAAAUGAUUCGUUGAUGAAUCAAAAUCAACAUCAGGAAAGAAAUAUUCAAGAACGAAGUAUUCAGGAGCGGAGUAUUCAAGAAAGGAAUGUUCAAGAAAGGAGUGUUCAAGAAAGGAGUGUUCAAGAAAGGAGUGUUCAAGAAAGGAGUAUUCAAGAAAGGGGUAUCCAAGAAAGGAGUAUUCAAGAUCGGAAUUUGGAACGAAAUCAGCAACAAAAUUAUCAACUUCAAAAUCAUCAACAACAACAAAAUCAGUUAAAUCAGAAUCAAUUAAAUCAAAAUCAAAUAAAUCAAAAUCAAUUAAUGUCACAAUCCCAAUUCCAAAAUCAAUUAUCUCAAUCACAACAAAAACCCCAACCUCACAAACAACCAUUAAUGUCGAGAGAAACAUCGUUUGUAUCAAAACCGGUUAUUCCAUCAACUACAUCUUCACUAACUUCAUUAACCCCAGUUACUAUGUCGCUGCAACAACAACAAUUACAUAUUGAUAUAAUGAACACAAAAAAGAUUUUGGGUUUACCCCCGAGUCGCACUCCAAGUCGAGAUGAGUUGUUAUCGCCUCCAACUCCUCGAUCAACGUGUAGUCAAGAUUCAAAUUUAACAACCCCGCCGUUAUUGAUUCCAAAAAAAGAACCAUCUUUAAUACCAACGACGUUACAAACAUUACAAAGUCCUUUAUUGACACCGCAAGAAGUGAAGAAAGAAAAAGAAUUUGUGGAUGAGACUUCGCAACAUUCGGAAGUUUCCGAUCAUAGUCGUGGUGAUCAAAUGAUUAAGGAUGAGUUGAUGGAGGUUGAUGAAAAAAUGGAUAAGGAGGAAUUAAAAAAGUUGAAACGGAGGAUGUAUCAACAAAAACGACGCAUGAAUCAGAUAAUGAAUAAAGAAGGGCAGCCGAAAAAGCGUCCGAGGAAGAGUUCCAAAGUGGAUGAAGAUUACGAUGCGUUCAUCGAUAGUUUGUUAUCCAAUUUGAGGACGCUCCCUCCGAUGAUUGUUUCUGAGCCCGUUUUGAAUAAAAAUUUUGGCGUCGUUCCUUGUUUUGGUUCCGGCGAAUCAUGUAAAUUAGGAAUGAAAGAUUACGAUUCCCGCGUUGGAGAUUUAACGGGGAAUUACGGAAACGCCAUAAUUCCCGGUUACGCCGAUUAUUACACCUCGAAACCGUACGGCGAUGAUGAACCAUCACCAGAAAAACCACCAGCGACAACCCAAAGAGGUUUUUACGACCAAGAAUUUUCAUUAAUUAAAUUUGAUUGUGAUGAAUAUCGGAGAUUAGAUGCUUAUUCUCGGGAUGAUUCACCAGAUUCAAUUAUGAGCAGUUCUUCGCCCGAAUGUACCAAAUUUGAACCAAUUUGUAAAUUCUCCGGGUUAAAAUUAAUCGAUGAAGAUGAGGAAUUCGAUGAAGAAAACCGCCCUAAACGCGUUUUAAGUCCAAAAAUUCCGAUUGUUACUCCAAUUCCGAUUCGAUUAAAACCAUUAGCAGGAUCGUAUUUAAAAGAUUAUGGUGAUAUCGAUAAAGAAAAUAUUGGCGUUGAAAAAGAAUUAGUGGGGGUUAAAUCGAAAUUUGGCCCCCCACCUCCCCCGGCGAUGCCCCUAAAAGAAAGCGGAAAUGUUACGGUCACUUUAACAUUAACAUCAUCGGCCGCCGAAGAUAUUAUGGGUGUUUUAAGAGAUUUAGCCAACAUUUUACACAUCCCAGCACCGACGAGUUAUCAAAUCGUUGAGAGGACAAGCACACCCCCCAGCCAAAAAUUAGGUUUAUACAGAACAAAAGGAAAAGAUGGCAAAGAAGGCGCCCCGAUUGAUAUUCAAAGUAUUUUAAACGGCGCUGCUAAAUUUUGUAAACAUUGCGAUGUCGUAAUUUUAAAUAACAUGAUUCGAAAAAAACUAUCAGAAAUACCUUUAUUAAAUAAAGAACUCCUUAAAGAUACCGAUAGCUUAGGCGAAGGCGAUGAACUAUAUUUUUGCAGCACAAACUGUUACACUCAAUUUGCGCUAAUAAAUCGAUCCCCCGCUUUGUGUGAAAACAAAGCGGCCGCAAUUGUCGACCAUUUGUGCCAAAAAGAUAAAGCAGAAGACCAACGUAAGCGGCAAAUUUUAGAAAAACAACUUCAAGUUUACCAAUACGAAACGUUUAACAACAAAAAAUCGCUUCUUGAUAAAAUGGAUUUAGAUUUACACAUAAAAAAAGACGAUUUCUUGGAUGAUUAUAAUAACACGUUUAAAUCGAGAUUGGACGAGUUUAAACCGAAAAAAGAACUUAAAUACAAAAAAUACACCCCUGGUUGUCUUCAACCCGCAAAUAAAUUCAAAAAACCUUCCGAUAAAGAAACGAUCGAGUUGUUAUAUAAAAUGGGGAUCACCGUUGUUCCUAAUAAAGCUAUUGACGAGACUCGAAAAUGCAUGUUUUGCCAUAACGUCGGUGAUGGAGUGGCUGAUGGUCCAGCGAGAUUAUUAAAUUUUGAUGUCGAUAAAUGGGUACAUUUAAAUUGCGCUUUAUGGUCGGACGGGGUUUAUGAAACCGUUAAUGGGGCUUUAAUGCAUUUAGAGAACGCUUUACAACAAAGUUUAGUUUCAACGUGCGUUCAUUGCAAUCAAACGGGUGCAACAAUUCGAUGUUUUAAAACGCGCUGUUUAAAUAAUUACCAUUUACCUUGCGCUAUUAAAGAUAGUUGCGUUUUUUAUAAAAAUAAAACAACUUAUUGUACGGCUCAUAUCCCUAAAGGCGAAAAAGAUAACGAAUUAACGACUUUAUCGGUUUCACGGAGAGUUUAUGUGAAUCGCGAUGAGAAUCGCCAAGUAGCCGCCGUUAUGCAUCAUUCAGAUCAAAAUAAUUUAUUGAGAGUUGGAAGUUUAAUAUUUUUAAGUGUCGGGCAAUUAUUACCGCAUCAAUUACAUAAUUUCCACACGUCGAAUUAUAUUUACCCGAUUGGUUAUAAAAUAGUUCGAUUUUAUUGGAGUAUGAGACACUUAAAUAAGCGGUGUAGAUACGUUUGCUCGAUUCACGAAACUUUGGGACGCCCGGAAUUUCGAAUUUUAGUGCAAGAAUUAAACGAGGAAGACGUUGAAUUUCGCGAUAUGACCGCAAAAGGGGUCUGGACGAAAGUUUUGGAUUCAAUUGCUAUUUUGAGGAGGGAAAAUAAGUGUGUGCAGAUUUUUUCGAAAUAUAUAACUGGGGAAGAUUUAUUUGGUUUAACCGAACCGGCUGUUGUAAGAGUUUUAGAGAGUCUUCCAGGAAUUGAAACUUUAACGGAUUAUAAAUUUAAAUACGGCCGAAAUCCUUUAUUGGAACUCCCUUUGGCGAUUAAUCCAUCGGGGGCUGCUAGAACCGAGCCGAGAUUACGCAACCAAAUGCAUUGGAAACGCGCUCACACCCAAAGAACCGGAUCUUCCGCAAGACCCGUAUUUCCAACAACAUCAAGUGGCACAACGGGCGAGGUUGCUUGUCCUUAUAGCAAACAAUUCGUGCACUCGAAAAGUUCGCAAUACAAAAAAAUGAAACAAGAAUGGAGAAAUAACGUUUAUUUGGCACGAUCAAAAAUACAAGGAUUAGGUUUGUAUGCAGCUAGAGAUUUGGAGAAACACACGAUGGUUAUUGAGUAUAUCGGCGAGAUUAUAAGAACCGAAUUAGCCGAAACACGAGAAAAGAAAUAUGAAGCUAAGAAUCGAGGAAUUUAUAUGUUUCGUUUGGAUGAAGAACGCGUUGUUGACGCAACUCUUUGCGGCGGAUUAGCCCGUUAUAUAAAUCAUUCUUGUAACCCAAAUUGUGUGGCGGAAAUUGUUGAGGUCGAUCGAGAUUUGAGAAUAAUUAUUUUUGCAAAACGAAGAAUACAAAGAGGAGAAGAGUUGGCAUAUGAUUACAAAUUUGAUAUAGAGGACGAUCAGCACAAGAUAUCUUGUAUGUGCGGUGCUCCAAAUUGUCGCAAAUGGAUGAAUUAAGAAGCGCGAGUGACUCGGGAUAUUUUCGUACAAAAAAAACUACAAUAUAAUUAUAGGUAACCCCCAAGAUUUUUAUACAAUAACUAACACCGACAAAAAUAACACACAAAUCACUAAAAAAGUAAUAAUAAUAAUAAAAAUAACAAUAAAGUUUUUGCAGACUGUCACAGUGCCAUUCUUAAUAACCUAAAAAAGUAAUUAAUUAAUUAAAAUAUUAAUUAAAACAGUUUUUGUAUUAAACAUUCCAAUAGAAAUAACUUUAUACAUAAAAGAAUUAGGGAAUAAGUUGUAUAGAAAUACGAAAAAAUUAUAAAUAAACUAUAAAUACGAGUGUUUCUAAGUGUGUAAAAAAUUUAUCAUAAGAUUUUAAGUUUCAAUCAAAUGCCGCUAAUUGUGGAAAUUGAUAUAGUAUUAGGGACCAAUUAAUAAUUAAUUAAUGUAAUUGAAAAAGUUAAACGUUUCAAUGUACACCUAAAAUGUAAAUAAUUAAUUUAUUACGUCGCACAUUGUAAUUUAAUUUUAUUUUCUUUAUAUUACAUAUGAUUUACUAGUGAUGUAUAUCUAUACAUAUAUAUAUUAAUUUUUAUUGUUAUUUUCAUAAUUAUUUGCAGAUUACAUUUAUAUCAUAAUUCCUAUAACACGCUCACAUGAGACAACACCAAUGUUAGAUAGCUAACAUAGCCUUGUAAUACGCCUUAAAAUGCGAACCGUUAUGAUUCGCGUUAUUAUUUUUUAUUAUUAUUAUUAUUAAAAUUUUCCUUGUAUGUAGUUAUUAUGUAAAUAGUAGAUCAAAAAAAAAAGGAGAAAAUUGAGAGAAGAAAUGUCGUUGUGCAAUAUUUAAGUAAAAUAUAAAUAAUAAUAUAGUGACACGCCUAGGAAAAAAAUGCCUAGGAUAUUUCAAAUGAUAUAAAUAUAUGGUAAUAUUCUGAA